AUGACCAUCGUGCACUUCGCAGAUCCUCGAAAUUUCCUCGAUAAUUCCCCGCUAGGCAUUUACGUGACAAGGAAAUGAGAUAAAUAUUACAUCCACAAUUCCUUCCCAUACUUAGGGAACGGUUCAAAAUGUAUUCCGGUCGGUCGGUCGCUAUUCCUCUAUUCCGCUCUUCCUCUAUUCCCCAAUUAUUUCUCUAUUAUAGAAUUUAAAUUCUAAUUUAUUUUAUUUUAUUUUGUAUAGUUCGGUUUCUUUGAUUGUAUUGUUGAUACAUAUAUCGGC